AUGCAGGCAACCUAUGAGGUGCGUGUCAGACACCUUUCAAUCUUAGAAUUCAUAAAUUCACAGAUUAAGAGCAAGAAACUAACGUUGAGAUCCCUGAUUUUCCAAAAGCAUCGUAUGCUUGGUGUUGGCCUGGGUCACUUAAGACUUGGUAAGCUUCUCCCAAAACCUGAAUCCAGGGGUACUGCCCCAAGAGUUGUGCAUACCGUCAUUACAAUAGACAGAGGAACAUCCCCUUGA